UCGAGAGAAUUGGAGCAUGGGUCAGAGGCAACUGGUUUGUCUUGGCCGAGUUCUACUCAAGAAAAGCAAGGUCUUGGUGCUUGAUGAAGCUACUGCAUCAGUUGAUACAGCCACAGAAAAUCUGAUUCAGCAAGCCCUUAGACAACACUUUGUCGAUUCUACAGUCAUAACUAUUGCACAUCGAAUUACUUCUGUUCUUGAUAGUGACAUGGCUCUGCUUCUGGAUCAUGGGCUAAUUGAGGAAUACAAUACCCCAACCAGAUUGCUAGAGAACAAGUCGUCAUCUUUCGCCAAGCUUGUAGCAGAGUACACUGUGAGGUCAAAUUCUAGUCUUGAAAAUGCGGGUGAUAUCUGAACCAGCAAGCCCACGUGAUGCACCCUUCAAAAACUUCAACUUAAAACCUUGCUUGACAAUGACGACAAUCCCAUAUGUAGUAGUUGAUUAGCACUCAAAACUGAUGUUUUUCCAUAUAUAAAAAUAGGCUUUUAAAUAACUUUUGAGUGCAUAUCAUUAUCUUGUAACUUAAAUAUUUGCUAAGCCUCAAAUUGAGGAUCAAUCUUUACAUCUAGUGAGGAAUGCAACGAAAAAGAGGAAUUUUGAUACGGAA